CGGAAGCGGUGUCAGAUGCUGGGAGCCGGGCGGGCGGCGCGCUGGCUGCGGGCGGCGGGGAGGACUUGUUGUUCUUUGCGAAGUCGGAGCUCGAGCGCGCGGCGGAGGCGGCGGCCCAGCGGGAGCGCGAGAGUGAACGCGAGCCGGAGGAGAGCGCGUGCCCGCGAGUAGCCGCCGCGCGCCCGCGGCCCCCGCGCGACGCCAGUCACGACUUCCGAGCAACUCUGUCCUGGUGACUGUGCCCAGGUUAUGACGACGAAUCCCAAACCGAACAAGGCAUUCAAGGUCAAGAAGGAGGCGGGCGAGAACGCCCCGGUGCUCAGCGAUGAUGAGCUGGUGUCCAUGUCGGUGCGGGAGCUGAACCAGCACCUGCGGGGCCUGUCCAAGGAGGAGGUGGUGCGGCUCAAGCAGCGGCGCCGCACGCUCAAGAACCGCGGCUACGCCGCCAGCUGCCGCAUCAAGCGGGUGACACAGAAGGAGGAGCUGGAGCGGCAGCGGGUGGAGCUGCAGCGAGAGGUGGAGAAGCUGGCCGCAGAGAACGCCAGCAUGCGGCUGGAGCUGGACGCACUGCGUGCCAAGUACGAGGCCCUACAGACCUUCGCGAGGACCGUGGCCCGAGGGCCCGUCACACCCUCCAAAGUGGCCACCACCAGUGUCAUCACCAUUGUCAAGUCUCCCUCCGUGCCCUUCUCCGCCGCCUCCUAGUGCCGGUGGCAGGGCGCCGGGGGGCAGGCGCCAGGCACGUCCCUGUGCUCAUCAGAGGGUCCAUGGGGACAGACCCCCCAACCUCCAAGUCCACAUGCAGACUGCAGGGGGGCUCCCCUGGGGUGGCUGUGGGUGCCGCGUGAAGAGCAGGGUCUGGUGAAGCCAUGCACCACACGCCUCCCCACACACGCACGCACGCUCGCCGGUCUCCCUUUCAGCUCGCCAGCCUUCCCCAGACUCUGCUUUCAGGGGGCUGUGUCUCCCGGGGAGCCAGGAUGCGUGGAGGGAAGGCCUCCAGGGGGCUGCUGGCCAUGUGGCCUUAUGUCUUCCAUCCCUCAAACAGCUGUCCACCUGCUGUUGUCUACCUGCUGGUUCCCACCAGUCGGCUCAGGCCCUCCUGGCCCGACUGAGCUCCGGCGCCCCAGGAGGAGCCUUCUGUCCCCGGUGUCCAAACACACCUUGACUCUGCUUUAGCCUUAGCCAGAGCCCUAUGGCAGUGGGUGGGCAGGGGCCUGGGGGUUGUGGUGCCCCCCAGGUACUGGCCCCAUGGGGGCCUUGGAGGAGCAGCUUGUCACAGGCUAUUCCUGGGGUCCUGUCGGACCUGUGUGGAGAGGUGCUUACAUGUUGCGAAUUGUCAGCAUGUGUCAGGGUGACAAGGGAGGUCCCUAGCUCCCGGCUGUCUGGCCUUGCUGCUCCUGCAGGGCCCUGGAGGGUAGAGCCAAGGGGCCAGGGUGGGGGCCCUGGGGUUGGAGGGGAAGGGGGCGGUUCUGGUCCUGGGUGGGCCUGGUGUGGCUCUGACAGUGGGGCUGGGCUGCACCUGGCUCCUGCAGCUGGAGGAGGGGAGGCUAGGUGGCAGGUGCAGAUGGGGGGUGGCUGGCUGACACUGUGCAGACCCGCCUCCCAGGUGUCCCCUGCUGGCCUGUCAGAGAGGACAGGGGACUCUGCAUCCUUGGUGCUUGGUCAUCGCCUGCAGCCUUCACCCGCGCUCUCCACCCCAGAGCCACAGCGGCCUUGGUGACCUUUGCUGGGGUGACCUCCCUGGAGCUGCUGCAGGUCCUCCCAGGAAGGUGCUGGGGGAGUUGUGAGCCCAGGCCCCCCCUCCCAGCAAGACCCUGCAAAGUGCAAGGGCCCCGCCCCAGGCAGGGUGCCAGCCACACCAUCUGCAUUGCAGAUGGUCAGCAAGUAACUGGCCGCCUGGCCCAUGGCAGUGCCCUGUCCUGGGGGCUGGCUGCGUCCUCAGAGCAGAGGCCGGUGCACGGGAAGCCACCGGCGCCAUGGCUGUGGCAGGUAAUCCACAUUGGAUAUCAGUAAGGACCGUGGGGCGUAUUUAAGAGAGAGAAGUAUAUAUAAAUAAAGUUAUCCACAGUUUAUCGUACA